CUGCACUGCACCCCGCCGCUCCCACGCCCAAACCGACACACAGGUAGGAGUAAGUACCGAUCCUAUCCAACCGCCGUCACGUAGUACAGGCCCCCAAGCUAGCCAAGCCACCCAACGUGCAAGGCUCAACUUUGCACGACCAUGCAGCCCGCGACCGCGACGGCGACGGUUGUGCCUGUGCGCCCAUCGUUGCGUGCCGUCCCGCGCUCGCUCGCUUCGGCGGAAAGGCUUGGGAUGGGCCGUGCCGCGACAUGUACCACGGCGCUCCGCGCGCAGUGCGGCCUGGGUGCCGGGGCGGAACCGGUGGAGGCGCGCAAGGAGGACGGACCCCUGCCUCAGGAGCUGGUCCAAGAGGAGGACAAGGUGCUGGCGCCAGAGCAACUGGAAUUGCUCGAGGACGAGGCCAUGGCCGGGAAAGACGAGGGGCGGAGUCCCACGGACUACGGCCGCCGCGCGCACAUCUUCCAGGAGAGCUCCCGGGUGUUCCGAGCACUCAAGGAGCGCCGUGACGAGGACGGCGGUGCCACCGCCACGGCUCAAGCCUCAAACAACACGCCCCACUCCUAAGGAAACAAGUAGACUAGCUCCUACAACUUGCUAAGGCCAUGUUCGGUUGCAACAGAUUUGAAGGAAAUUGGAAUGGAUUGGGAAGGAUUAAAUUCUGUGUAA